UUAAGAAUGUCACAAAAAUAUUCUUAUAUACCAAAUCAACAAAUAAUGUUUCAAAUUGUUUAGUUUUAAAGGAUUUUUUUUAAGAAUAAGCAUAUAUUUUAACAUGAUCUUUACUAUUUAUCUACCUUUUCAAAUGCUGUAUUUAUCCUCCAUAAAUAAUAAUGUUUUGAGUCAUCACCGUUAAUCAUCAAUAAGUUAAUUUUAUUACAGUAUUCAUACGUCCGAGCUAAUGGUGUACUAGUUGUUUUGUGAACGAACCAGUUGCACGUCGAUAAGCAAAAUCAAAUAGUAAACAUAACACAAACGGUCCGUAUCAGUGGCAUAUUUUUACCAAACUUUAAAGAAAUAUAUCAAAGGUAUAUCUACCAGUACUACGUAAUGAUUACAUAUCUUGGAAUUUAAUUACAAAGGCAAUCGAUUAUGUAAGUGAUACGCUGACAUUAACUUAUUUUUUAUCCCCGACGGUACACCUUUGUUGUGACAACCUUGCACUAGAUAAAUGUUGUUAAAAAGUGAACGUAAUUAUACAAACAUUAGUUUAUUUAUAGCUAUGUGUGCUUUAAUAGUUAUUUUCUUGGUUGCCGUACUGGUGACGGUGGAGUCACACAAUGAAUACGAAAGUGCGUUAUUUCAAAGGACACAGUUGUUAGAAAGAGAGUUAAAUAUGAUGCUUGGAAAUGAUUUAGAAUUAGGUGAUGCUGAAGAACAGGUAAAUGAAUAUAUUAUGGAGUUAAAAAGAGACGAAGUCGACUUUGGCUUUACGCACCCACAACAUUUUAAUUAUUCGAAACAUUUUUUUGAUUAUAAGGAUGAAGUGCAGCACACACAGCUAUUUAAAAUUAUAAAACAAAUGCCGAAAGGUGCAUUGCUUCACGCACAUGAUACAGGUAUGCUAAGCCCCGACUACGUCGUGACAUUGACUUAUUUGGAAAAUCUAUACGUCUGUUUUGAAGAGGAGUCGGUUAAAUUUUUAUUUGCAAGGGAGUUACCGACAACAGAUUGUUCAACGCAAUGGCAAUUAAUGAGAGAUGCCAGAUAUUCUUCGGGGAAUGUUGAAAAAUUCGAUGAAAACCUUAAAAAGUACUUUACUCUCGUCAUUGAUGAUCACAGUGAGAUAUAUACGGAUAUAAACAUUGUCUGGGAACAAUUUCAAAAUUACUUUAUACGCACCACUGAUUUGUUUACAUAUGAACCUGUGUGGGAGCAAUAUUUCUACGAUACAUUAAAAGCUCUAAGAGAAGACAAUGUCAUGUAUCUUGAAAUUAGAAGUGUUCUACCUGGCCUCUAUGAUUUGGACGGCAACGUGUAUGAUGAAAUGGAAACACUUGCGUCGUACAAGAGGGUUAUAGACAGAUUUUCUAAAGACUAUCCAGAUUUUUUCGGUGCAAAGAUAAUAUUUGCUCCUUUAAGAUCAGUUCAACCGGAAACUGUUAAAGAAUAUUUGCAGAAAGCUAAAAUCAUGAAGAGAGAGUACGCAGAUAUUUUUGCCGGAUUCGACUUAGUGGGACAGGAGGAUUUAGGGAGGCCAAUAAAAGAUUUUCUUAAAGAAUUGAGUACUGAAGCAGAGGAUAUUGACUUUUUCUUUCACGCAGGAGAAACUAAUUGGUACGGAACAAGUUCAGAUGAGAAUUUAGUAGAUGCUAUAGUGCUCAAUGCUCGCCGUAUAGGGCACGCAUUUGCUUUGAUCAAACAUCCGGUACUGAUAGAGGAAGUUAAAAAAAGGAACAUAGCUAUAGAAGGUAACGUGAUCUCUAAUGUAGUCUUAAAGUUGGUCGAAGAUAUGAGAAAUCACCCGUUGGCUAGUUUUAUUGCUCAAGGCUUGCCUGUGGUGCUAGCUAGUGAUGACCCUGGGAUAUGGGGAGCUGAUCCAUUGUCUCUGGAUUUUUUUGUAACUUUUGUAGGAGUGGCCAGUCGACAUGCAGAUCUUCGACUUCUCAAAAAGUUAGCUUUGAAUUCUCUUUAUUAUAGCACAUACUCUAAUAAAGAUAAAAUUGUUCACGAGUUUGAUAUCCGAUGGGCUAGAUUUAUUCACAACAUUCAGACAAAUCAUUUGUGAGAGUAGUUACAAUUUAAAGCUUGAUUAAUUAUUCUAAUUCUAUACUAAUAACAUUAAAAUCAGUAUCUUUUAUGUGUAAAAAGAUACUGUUAUGCAGUAGCCUUAUUAAUUGAAUUGUUCUAUUUUUACUUUCUAAUCUUUCCCCUAAAUUUAGAUAAAUAUUUUUUUGAUGUUGUACCAUUAUAAUCUAACAAUGUAAUUAUGCGAUAAACAAAUUUGAUAACAGUUGCGAUGAGUUUUCGAAAGAUUGUCAUGUAUUAACCUAAUUUAUACUUUUUGCCAAAUAUCUCCCCCGUUUAAUAUAAAGCAACUUGACUUCUGCUUCAUGUUCUAGUAGUACCAACGGUAUAAAAUAAUUGUUUCAGUAUCUAAAAAAAUGUUUGUUAAUAGUAAUUUAUCUUUUAUAUGGAUUUAUAUUCUUAACUUAAAAGUAAACACAAGUACUGGUAUUAUGUGAACCCAAGUCAAAUAAAUAUAUCCCGUUAUUA